UCAUCCUCUUCCAUAUGAGGAUGAUGAGAUGGCGAAACGUUUCUGUGAUCGUCUCUCACAAGGGCAUGUUACUCAGCGGAGAAAGCGUUCUACCCUGUUUGCAACAAGCACUCCAUCUUCUGCUGUGGAUUUCUUAUCACAUGUUGGUUCAACUCAAGUGUCCCAGUGGAGUAUCACAAAGGACAGUAGCAACUCCAACAAAAGUAACACGCAGCUACAGCUGCAAUCACUUAGCUCCCUGGCUUCACCUGCUCAAACUGCUGUUGAUUCUGAUAUAAAAUCUUUGGGUAAAGAAGUUGUCUGUGAUCAGCCACAGACUCAAGAAACUAUGUGUGAUGCUGAAAUUGAUCCCAAUUGUAGCCAAGUCCCUGAGCUUGUUCCAGUAAAAGUUAAAAGCAAAGGUAACUGCAAAACCAGUGAGAAAACAGCUGUUAAAAAGGCUAGUACAAGAAAAAAGAAAAAGAAUUCAAUUAAAAGUGCAAAAGGUGGUUCUGAUGCACCUCAGGGUGAAGAGAGCACUGAAAGUGUGAAUAAGCUACUUCAGCCAGAAGUUCUGACAAAUUCUAGUGGGCCUGAAGCUCCUGAGAUGAGGCAGGAAGCUCAUGUGGGGGCUUUGGAAGGGAAGAAUGGAGGCUGUGGUGCAUGCCUGCAUUUCUAUUCUCCUGAUGAAGUCCGAGACCUCAGGAGAACAUAUGUGGUGAAUCCAGCACAGCUGCAUAAUCCUGAAAGUGGUGACUUACCGCAACAAGUUGAGAAGGAGGCUGUCUUUGAGAUCCAAAAUGCAGAGAGCCUGUUGAAAAGCCCAGUUCAUACCUUCUCAAGUCAUGAAGUUCCCUCAGAUGUUUACAGUCUACAGUGUUCGCUUUCCUUGAGGAGAGAGGCCUCAGGUACGUGUGCUUUGCAGCAGGACUCAUCAAGCGUGAGCACAAAGAGUGUCAGACGGAAAACCAACAGGAGAACUAGAGUAAUUAUGCAAACAAAUGACACUGAGAAGAAUGUGCUGAACAGCGUGAAAAUGUUGGAGGCUAAAGCUGAAGACCAGCCCAAAAGAGGCCAGACAAGCAGGAGGAAGACUGUCAGGGAAAGCAACGGUAACGAUCAGAGAAAUGAAGUUGAGGUUUCUGUGCCAUGUAUAGGUGUUCAAGGAGUAGCUAAGGAGAAUGCAAAGGAUUUACCAGAUAAUCCUAAACGUAGCAGAAAAACGUAUAUUGUCUGUCCUUUGGACCUCCCAGGAAACUUGGGUUGUAUCAAGACAGAUUUUGAAGGGGAUGAAAUUGUACCUUCCAGGAGUGUUCCUGGGAGCAAAGCUAGCAAAAUCCCCAGAGUUCAAAGGAUGGUGACUGCUCAGAGCAAUAAAAAGUGGACAGGGAACCUUCAAGAAAAGGGACAGGCUGACUUUCACAACAAUAUGAAUGCCUUAAAAGAAGAUGUCUGUCUCAUACCAAAGACUCAGAAGAAGAGGAGCACCUGUAGUCCUUCAGAGACUGAUCCCCUAGCCAGAGAGAGCGAUGGGGCCAGGCUGCUUCCUGGAAGUUCAGAACUUGUGCCUAAGCAAAGUGUCCUGAUGAGGAAGUUCUCCUGCAUUACAGAUCUCCUGUCUGAGCCAGAUGCCUCCCUUGAGGAACAGAUAGCUGAAAUCUCGCUUACAAAUAAUCUUAUGAGCAUUUCGGACAGUCUUGAAUCUUCCACUGUGACCUGUUCUGCAGCUCUGCCUCUCGGCUCCAGGCUUACAGAUCUACCUGUCUCCAAGAGCCUAGAUACCGAGGGCAACAAAAUCCCAAAGAAAUCUUCUGUUUGGCCAGAGUGUGCUCUGUCAUUUAAAGAAAGGAAUGCAGAGGAAAUCCCUGAGGGAAGAAACCAGGUUGAGUCAAGUUCUAAAGAACAUUCCCAGAGUUCAUCUUUGCAGGAACAUGAAAUUAGGCCACUGCAAGACUUGACCAAUGCCAAGACACUGUCUUCGCCCAGUUUGGAAGGAGCUUCAGGGCGUCUAUCCAGGAGGAAACGGGACCCUACCUGCUAUGCAGAGCCAAAACUCAACAGCAAACUGAGGCGAGGUGACCCAUUUACAAACACAGAGUUUCUCCACUCCCCUGUCUACAAAACCAAAAAGAAGAAAACGCCCAAAACUAAGGCAAAGACCAAGAAGAUGAAGGAGGAACAAGAAUGGCUUCCUGAAUGAGUCCAAGUGCCAAGGCAAGCAAGCUAAUUACUGUGGGAGGAAACAAGGAACCAGAAGCGAAACAGUGGGUUGAACAGGCAAACUCUGAGCUCCUAGCUUGUGUAUCUUUGCAAGAAUUUCUGUCACGCUUUG